AUGGCGCGCAGACCUGAUCGAUGCUACCGGUAUUGCAAGAACAAGCCUUACCCCAACUCACGCUUUAACCGUGGUGUCCCAGAGGGUAAGAUCCGUAUUUUUGAUCUGGGACGGAAGAAGGCUUCUGUGGACGACUUCCCGUGCGCUGUGCACUUGGUGUCCAACGAAUACGAACAACUGGGUUCAGAGGCUCUAGAAGCUGCACGUAUCUGUGUCAACAAAUAUCUCGUCAAAGUUGUGGGCAAAGAGACAUUCCACAUCCGCAUCCGAGUUCACCCUUACCAUGUAAUCCGAAUCAACAAGAUGCUGAGUGUCGCUGGUGCGGAUCGUUUGCAAACCGGGAUGCGAGGCGCAUUUGGUAAACCAGCUGGCAAGGUGGCUCGAGUAAACGUGGGCCAGAUCUUGCUUUCCGUGCGAACUGUUGAUCGUCAUCGUGCGACCGCAGUGGAGGCGCUACGUCGCUCGAUGUAUAAGUUUCCUGGUCGGCAAAAGGUUAUUAUUAGCAAAAUGUGGGGCUUCACUCAUUUAAUACGUGCUGAAUAUUUGCGGUUAAAGGAAGAAGGCAUAUUGCGGAAUGAUGGUGCAUAUGUCCAAUUCUGUCGGCGGAAGGGAGAGGUGACAGAGAACAUGAAGAACUUCCCACGGGCAUAUAGUUCCGCUGUCAAGGUGCGGGUAUGA